GGCUGGGCUCCGGCAGUUGGUCGGUAUGUAGCAGCAGCGGAGCUUCUGCCGGGGAUUACAAAGAGGUAAAAACGCGCCUUGGAUAGAAAAUAUCACCAACUGGAUUAAAAUAAGACCACCCGAGGAUGCGACGCACACCUUCCGCCUGAAGGAGAAUAAAAAACACGCCGAUAUUCCGCUGAUUUAUCACAGUUUUUUACGAAAAUGGCGAACGACUCCCGGCCAAAAGUCUGGUGGAUAUAGACCUCGCAUCCCUCAGGGAUCCUGCUGGGAUUUUCGAGUUGGUGGAAGUGGUUGGAAAUGGCACCUAUGGACAAGUCUACAAGGGUCGACAUGUCAAGACGGGACAAUUGGCGGCCAUCAAGGUCAUGGACGUCACCGAGGAUGAAGAGGAGGAAAUUAAGCUGGAAAUCAACAUGCUGAAGAAGUACUCCCACCACAGAAAUAUAGCCACCUACUAUGGAGCCUUCAUCAAGAAAAGUCCACCGGGCCAUGACGACCAGCUAUGGCUGGUGAUGGAGUUCUGUGGUGCCGGUUCCAUCACAGAUCUGGUGAAGAACACCAAAGGCAACACACUGAAGGAGGACUGGAUCGCCUACAUCUCCCGAGAGAUCCUGAGGGGAUUAGCUCACCUGCAUGCUCAUCAUGUCAUCCACCGUGACAUCAAGGGACAAAACGUGCUGCUGACUGAAAAUGCUGAAGUCAAACUGGUGGACUUUGGUGUGAGUGCUCAGCUGGACCGGACGGUAGGUCGAAGGAACACCUUCAUCGGGACGCCCUAUUGGAUGGCUCCAGAGGUCAUCGCUUGUGAUGAAAACCCAGAUGCUACCUACGACUAUAGGAGUGACCUGUGGUCCUGUGGAAUCACGGCCAUAGAGAUGGCUGAGGGAGCUCCCCCUCUGUGUGACAUGCAUCCAAUGAGAGCCCUCUUCCUCAUUCCCAGAAACCCUCCUCCUCGACUCAAGUCCAAAAAAUGGUCAAAGAAGUUCUUCAGCUUCAUCGAGGGCUGCCUGGUGAAAAAUUACACUCAACGACCUCCCACCGAGCAGCUCCUGAAACACCCCUUCAUCCGGGACCAGCCCAACGAGAGGCAGGUCCGCAUCCAGCUCAAAGACCACAUCGACCGAACUAAGAAGAAGAGGGGCGAGAAGGAUGAGACAGAGUAUGAAUACAGUGGCAGUGAAGAAGAGGAGGAAGAGGCAUCUGAGCAAGAAGGAGAGCCAAGCUCCAUAGUCAACGUGCCAGGUGAGUCGACUUUGCGCCGUGACUUCAUCCGGCUGCAGCAGGAGAACAAGGAGCGCUCAGAGGCGCUGCGUCGCCAACAGCUCCUCCAGGAGCAGCAGCUCCGUGAGCAGGAGGAGUACAAGCGGCAACUACUGGCCGAGAGGCAGAAACGUAUAGAGCAGCAGAAGGAGCAAAGGAGACGGCUCGAGGAGCAACAACGCCGUGAGCGCGAGAUGAGGAGGCAGCAGGAGCGCGAGCAGCGCCGACGUGAGCAAGAGGAGAAGAGACGCGUUGAGGAAAUGGAGCGACGCCGCAAAGAGGAGGAAGAGCGCAGGAGGGCGGAGGAGGAAAAGAGGAGGGCCGACCGAGAGCAGGAGUACAUCCGUCGUCAGUUGGAGGAGGAGCAGAGGCACCUGGAGAUCUUGCAGCAGCAGCUGCUGCAUGAACAGGCCAUGCUGCUGGAGCAUAAAUGGCGGGAGCUUGAGGAGCAGCGCCAAGCCCAGAAGCUCCAGAGACAGCUGCAGCAGGAGCAAGCCUACCUGCUGUCCCUCCAGCAAAUCCAGAACCCGGAUAGUAGCAAAACAGCCCAGCAACAGAGCACCAAACCCCAACAGAACCUCGAACACGACAGGGUAAAGCCCAUGCACAGCCCUGAACUGGAUAUAACAAAACAACCACAGAGCACUGACUUUGAAAAGACAAGGUCCAGUCAAAAUCACAGUCUGGAGAAAACUACAGAACCCAAGAUACCUGUUGCUGACCUUCAAGGCCCCGCCCCUGACUCUGAGCCAGUCAGAGAGGCUGAUGAGCGAUAUCGGAAGAACAUCCAGGGUUCUCCUCAGUCAGCUCAGACCAAAGCACAGCAGCCUCCAGUGCCACCACGCUCCGAGUCUUCCUACCCCAAUGGGAACUCGGCAUCUGAGGCACCCGCCAUGCACCGGCCUGUGGAACCACAGGUCCGUUCCCAUCUGGCCGCUUUAAAGAGCAGCGGUAGCGUGGCCACAUCAAACUCCUGUGUUACCACCCCGCCCGUUGUGUCGCGGUCACACUCCUUCAGCGAGCCACCUGCCCCUAGUUUUGUAAAUCUUCACCUUCGCAACAGCCAGGAACCCCAACACCACCAUCACCCUCCAUCUUCAUCACCAUCCUCCUCAUCGACAACGCCUGCACGCACUGACCCACAACCCCACUCCCAGCCUAGGCCCUUGCCCCAUGAACCAGCCCCUUCAGAGGAUGUCCCGCCCAGGGUUCCUGUCAGGACUACAUCAAGGUCCCCAGUGUUGCCAAGGCGGGACUCGCCUCAUCACCACGGCAAUGCCACACACGGCAGCCAUGCUGUGCACCGCAACACUGCCAGUGUAGCAGAGCCUCGUCUGCUGUGGGAACGAGUGGAGAAACUGGUUCCCAGACCAACCAGUAACAGUGGCAGCGGAGGCUCCAGUUCCUCCAGCAGCUCCAGUAACUCCAGCUCUCAGCCGGGCUCUCACUGCGGCUCUGGAGAGAGGUUCAGGGCUCGCUCCUCUUCCAAAUCGGAGGGCACACCCCUCCAACGUCCAGAGAAUGCUGGGAAAAAACCAGAGGACAGGAGGGACGUGGUCAGGCCUAGCAGACCAGCGGACCUGACGGCUCUGGCCAAGGAGCUGCGUGCAGUGGAUGAUGUUCGCCCCCCAAAUAAGGUGACUGAUUAUUCAUCCUCCAGUGAUGACUCAGACACCACUGAUGAAGAUGAUGAUGAAGAGGUGGACCAGGAGGCAGGCGAAGAGUCAACCUCUGGCCCAGAGGACUCCAAAGCUGUAUCCUCCAGGCUGAGUAAUGGAGAGACAGAGUCAGUGAAAACCAUGAUUGUUCAUGAUGAAGGCGAGAGCGAUGCAGGCUCAACGCCCUGCAAAGACAGCACGCUGAUUGUCAGACAGAGUGCAGGUGACAACAGAAAGCGUCCGAGCCCUGGCCCGGGCCAAGCCCAAACCCCCGGCCUGCUUGCAGGCUUCGCCCCUAGCCCCGGCUCGGUGUCGGGCCCGGGUCUUGGCCCCCACACCCCCAGCCCCCAUCAUCAUCACCACCACCAUCACCCCACACAGCACUCGGACAGGAACGGCUUUACUGGCUGCAUCCACCACCUCCCAGACCUGAUCCAGCAGAGCCACCAUUCCUCCCCCUCCUCCUCCACAUCCAACUCCCCUUCCUCCUCCAGCCUUGCCAGCCCCUCCUCUAUGUCCCCCCAGAGUCCCCUGGACAAGCUCAGCAUCCUCACAGAGAGCCAGUCUAGUAACAACAUGCAGAAACACAAGUCUUCUUCCUCCUUCACUCCAUUCAUCGACCCACGCCUCCUCCAAGUAUCUCCAUCUACCGGCAGCGCCCUUAACAAUGUUGGCUAUGCGAAUGACGCUCGGCUGGCAGAGGCGCUGAGGGCCGACCCAUCUCGGAAGGGCUCUGUGGUGAAUGUUAACCCGGUCAACACUCGCCCGCAGAGCGACACGCCAGAGAUCCGCAAAUACAAAAAGAGGUUCAACUCUGAAAUCCUGUGUGCUGCACUCUGGGGAGUGAACCUGUUAGUGGGAACAGAGAGCGGUCUAAUGCUGUUGGAUCGCAGUGGUCAGGGGAAAGUUUACCCUCUGAUCAACAGACGGCGCUUCCAGCAGAUGGACGUCCUGGAGGGACUCAAUGUCCUUGUCACUAUAUCAGGUAAGAAGAACAAGCUCCGUGUAUACUACCUGUCCUGGCUGAGGAACAAGAUCCUGCACAAUGACCCCGAGGUGGAGAAGAAACAAGGUUGGACCACCGUAGGGGACCUGGAGGGCUGUGUCCACUAUAAAGUUGUGAAAUAUGAGAGGAUCAAAUUCUUGGUUCUGGCUCUAAAGAACUCAGUGGAAGUCUACGCCUGGGCACCCAAGCCCUACCACAAGUUCAUGGCCUUCAAGUCUUUUGGUGACCUGGUGCACAAGCCCCUGCUGGUCGACCUGACUGUGGAGGAAGGUCAGAGGUUAAAGGUCAUCUAUGGCUCAUGUUCAGGCUUUCAUGCCGUGGAUGUUGACUCCGGGGCUGUCUACGACAUCUACCUGCCUACACACAUCCAGACCAGUAUCCAGUCUCACGCCAUCAUCAUCCUGCCCAACACUGACGGCAUUGAGCUGCUAGUGUGUUAUGAGGAUGAGGGUGUUUAUGUUAACACCUAUGGACGCAUCACUAAGGACGUUGUGCUGCAGUGGGGGGAGAUGCCAACCUCAGUGGCCUACAUUCGUUCCAACCAGAUCAUGGGCUGGGGAGAGAAGGCCAUAGAGAUCCGCUCGGUGGAGACCGGCCAUUUGGAUGGCGUCUUCAUGCACAAGAGAGCCCAGAGACUCAAGUUCCUCUGCGAAAGAAAUGACAAGGUGUUCUUCGCCUCCGUUCGGUCUGGGGGCUCCAGCCAGGUCUACUUUAUGACCCUGGGCCGAAGCAACCUGCUCAGCUGGUAGAGGUCCAACCCUACCCUCUUCCUCCUCUUUCUCCCCCUCAUUGUCCUCCAACCUCGCUAACACUGGAUCUCAGAACCCACUGUCGAUGUCUUGUCAGCCCUCGGACAAUCAAAAGAGAACUAUCACAACCACCAACCAGCCCUCACCAUUCCUCUGGAGCUGUAGCCUUGCUGCAUCGGAGCUUCGGGGCCGCCUGCCACGCAGCGAUAACUGGUCAAGUCACGCAUUUGUCGCCUCCUGAAAUACCUGAAGUGACAACUCACAUACAAAAUUAAAUCAGUUAUUAAUUAAUAUAUAAAAGAAAAAAGAAAUACAAUUAAUGUGAAUUUAUGAAAAGGGGGCAAAUAACUUUUUUCUUGGUGCUCAUCAGAUUGCGAUGGCAUAGAUUUUGUACCUCUGCAUCAUUUCCAUGCUCCUGAGCUUGUCAGUAAGCUUGAGGUCUUCUAAGUACUAGUACCGCUACCCCUAUUAUUAUUACUAUUGCUACUACCUUCUGCAGGUCUGCCUCUUGUAGGAGAGUUCCCCCUCUGACCCACAUUCCUGCCCUCCACCCUUUCUAAUGAGCGUUUCAUGGGGCCGGUGGGGUGGGAGUCUGUUGUAUUAAUGCUACAGUAGUUUGUGUAAAUGUACUUCUGUUUGGUCCAAUUACUCCUGACAUGCUGGUUAGAGGUCGGGACCGUCAGCCAGGGGUAAAUUGUAAAACCCUGGAGCCAGCUGGACUCGUCAAGGUGACAAGCAGGCGAGAGGGGCCUAAUAUUUGAGGUUCUACUGUAAGUCUGAUUGAUGGGACUCGACAGGAGGGUAUGUGUGUGUGUUGUUGAAGUAUUGUGUUGUUCAGACAGGUGCUUUAAAAAAGGGGAUGACAGUGAGAGAAAGAUGUUGAAGCAGGUGGAUAUCAGAAUAGUAUUUUUUGAAUUAUUACUAUUAUUAUUAUUCCUUGAAGAUAAGUGUAACUAUGUGGAGUAAAACAUGUCUCUUACCUUGUUUUUCUAAGAUUUACGCACAUCCACCCACAGCCCACGGUUUGCUUGCUUUUACUUUGAACCCACAUAAGUACAAGGUGUGCUUGUCUAAGAAGAAAGAGAUGUGGGUGCAGUUCAAAAAAUAAAAUAAAGGUGUCUGUGUACAAUAAAAGUUCAUGUAAUCUUCCAGAUAGUGUCAGUGGUCAUGUUUUCCCCCAAUGGUCAAACAUGACAAACAUGAUAAACUCAUCAUAGGGCGGUCACGCCAAUGUCUCUCAACUCGAGAAACUUGAACUGCUGUGAAUAGUCAGAUAUACAAUGAAAACAAAGAUGAUAAUGGAGCGAUAAAGUAGAGGAGAAAGUUCAGUAUGUGUGUGCGUGUGUGGUCGGAGAGUAAAGUGUCAACGACGAAUUGGAUUUUCGUGGCAGAGAGGUAAACGCAUGGUUAGCAAGUUUGUUUCAGCAGAGGAUUUUUUUCCCCCGGAAGGCGGCUUUGUAUCUUCCAUUUAGUUAUUUCAAAUCACUUAAUUUUUCAUUUGUAUGAAUGCAAUGCACUAAGUGUCAAGAAUGUAGAAAGACGUGUUACUGUGUGGUGGUCCAAGGCAUGAGAUGAUGUUUUUGCUUUGUAUCUUGUCACAAGUGAUCAAUCCUAGAUGUUCAAUUUCGAUUUAAUAAGAUUGAAAGCUGCAGCAGCGGAGCCUCUACGUCAGGUGUAGAUAUUUUCUGGGGCUGGCCAUUCUCUAUUUCUUUAGCAACCUUUUCUUUAGCUGUGAGAAUCUGUGUGGGAGCAAACACCUAGAGUGUAUCAGAGCUGAGGAGGGUUUUCUGACAUCCUGUGAGUCCUGCUUACGUAAUUCCUUUCCCGCACUCUUUCCCAUAAAAUGAGGACGUAAACCUUAUCAAUUCAACACUCAGACUCUGGAUUUCCAUAUUACUGUGAUGAAGUGUCACAAAACAGGUAACACGGAGCAGAGCUUUUCCUCACUCUGCUGUUUCUGUUCAGAAACUGAAGACGGAAACCCACUUUUUUGGGAAGGAAUCGUUUUCUCUAUUUUGUGCCCCACACUUCUUGCUCCAGCUGUUAUUUAAGUUGUCUGUAUAUGUGAAAGACUGAGCAGCAAACUGCAGCAUCGACCUCCUUCAGGCCAUUUCCGUUUCCAUUACAACUCUGAGAGAUUGCACAUUGUUCACUGACAGAAAGGGGCAAAGGGGAGAGUCCAAUAUGUGCAUUCACUUCAUGUCCAAACAUGUCUUCGUCAGGUCACAAACAAGUUUACCUUGGGUGUGUUUUUCCCCUGAUGACAGCAAUUACACACAUUACCAGUGCUUUUACAUGUGGAAAGGUUACAGUCAGAAACGUUCUCCUCACCUUGAACAGAAAAGCUCUUUGGACCCCAAUGCUGUCGUCGUCUGAGGUCUGUGUGCGCAGUAGUACCCAGUUUGUGCAUCACGGCCUUGAUGAGUGGCUGUAUGGAUUUAAUGAAAAAAAAGUGUGGUUAUUAUUGAUAUUAUUAAUGGGGGAAAAAAGGAUGAUAUGUCUAUAUCUGAUGAUAAAAGUCAAUCCUUUGCCCACUCACAUUGGAAAAAGUGCCAAGAGGGCAGCAUUUAAAAUGUGUAAAUCUUGCUAUGAAAACCACUACUUGGAAAUCCUGUUCAAAAAAAUCACUUGAAGCAUUGUGUAUUCUUAAGUUUUAGCGCUAGUCGAGAAGCUUAACAAUAGUUUGUUGUUUCUGUAAGUCUAUGUACACGUAAAUAUAUGACUGCGGUGAUUUAAUAUUAUUACGCUCACCUUAGGUGGAGAAAAUGUUUACAGAAGCAAUGUUUUGUUACACUAAUGUGCAUCACGGUAUUUAUGUUCAAUGCAAAUGUGUCUUUUUUAAUUCUUUGAUUUUGCUUUUUGAGCCCGGUUUUUCUUGGAGAUUUUAAUUUGUUUGUCAUCUCACCCUAACCCACUAAAUAACCUACUUACAAAACAAUAAAGAACACAUGUGUUGUUCAUUUCAGGUAUUCACAUAGAGCUGCUUCAAAGUGGAAACAUUGCGGUAACGUUCCCUGCAGGCUUGGACGUGAGGCGACGUGGUUUUCCUCUGCUGUUUCUGCCAUGCUACUCUAACUUAUGUCCUCUCUAUGUAUGACAGGAAGUCAUGUAUUUUCCUGAAGGUUUUUUUCUUUGAAUAAACUUUAAAAGUAAUUUUAAAA